AUGCGAACCCCUCUUGACCACUUCCUCCUUACCUCCUUCGCCCUCUGUGGUCUUCUCCGUCUUGCUCGCUUCAACAUCACCACCGACAGCGUACCCAAAGAUGCCAACGGCAAGGCCAAGUACUUUGAAGGCCUCCCUACCCCCACCUCCCUGGGUAUCGUCUCACUCAUCUCCUACUGGGUCAGCCAGGGCUGGAUCCACGACCAAAUCCCCUUCGGUGUCUUUGCCGAGGGCUCGAUACUCGAGUUCCACCCUGCUGCUCUGAUCUUUGUGGCCCAUGGAUGCCUCAUGAUCAGCAAGACCUUCCACGUCCCCAAGCCUUGA